AUGACAACCCCGAUGUUGGGGUACUUAGAUACCAAAUUUGUAGAAGUGAUGGACGACACGGUGGCACUGCUUCGCCAAGUCUUUGGAACCAAAAACAGAUUGACUUUGCCCGUCUCUGGGACUGGUACCGCUGGUAUGGAAGCAGCACUUACCAACGUUAUUGAACCCGGUGAUGGGGUCGUUGUGGGUAUCAACGGCUACUUUGGCGAGAGAAUCGCCAAUAUCGCCACACGGUGCGGUGGUGUCGUUACAACGGUAGAAGCAGAGUGGGGCACACACAUCCGUGCCGAAAAGAUUGCCGAAGCCGUCGCCAAGGUUUCUGCACCGAAACUGGUUGCAUUGGUGCAUGCAGAGACCUCUACCGGUAUCCUUCAACCCUUGGCAGAUGCGAUCGAGAUCGCACACAGCAGUAACGCGCUCUUUCUCGCCGACUGCGUAACCUCCCUCGGUGGACAACCCGUGGACAUGGAUGCACGCGGCAUUGAUAUCGCCUACAGCUGCACACAGAAAUGCCUCGCCGGUCCGCCCGGACUCUCACCUAUCAGUUUCAGUGAACGCGCCGUUGACGUGAUUCGGAACCGAAAAACACCCAUCCAGAGUUUUUAUCUUGAUAUGACGCUCCUUGAAAACUAUUGGCACGGUGAGAAGCGGAGUUAUCAUCACACCGUUUCGAUGUCAAUGAUUUAUGCGUUACGCGAAGCACUGCGUGUUGUCUUAGAAGAGGGAUUAGCUGCCCGCUAUGAACGGCAUGAACUUAACGCUCGCGCGCUUCUUGCAGGCGCAAAAGCGAUCGGAUUGCAGCCUGCAGCCGAGGACGGUUACCGCGCACCCAUGCUAACCACGCUGCGUAUCCCUGAAGGCAUUGAUGAUACAACCAUUCGGAAACGUCUAAUUACAGACUACGGGAUAGAGAUAGGUGCCGGUUUCGGUAUCUUUGCUGAAAAGGCAUGGCGAAUUGGGCUGAUGGGUGAAUCUGCUAACGAACGGAAUGUCAUGCUUGUCCUCAACGCAUUAGAGAAACUGCUGAUCGAGUUUGGGCAUAACGUGGAAACCGGUACAGCGGUUCAUGCGGCAUCACAAGUCUAUUAG